ACUGUGCGUCUAUCGCCAAUCCGCUGCUACUGCUGCUGCUAUCCGAGGCCAGCGUGUUUGCACGGUGUUUGCACUGCGACUGACCGAAGGAUCGCAGGCCGCUGCUGGAGAGCUCUUUCCCUUCGAGCUUUCUCCACUUUUGGCUAUGCUGUAGAAGACGAGCUUAUCUCAUUGCGUGCGGCACAGCGAGCAGUCGGAAUGGAGAAGCCUGCAGAGCCUCGUGCCAUCUCAAUGGGCCAAGAGAUGGCUGCACAGCGCGAUGCAGCACCAGCAAUACCCCACCGGUCGGUUGACCAUGCACGCAGAUCGUCUGCGCAGAAUGCUACCCAAGAACGACUUCAUAACGACAUCUGGACCAGCGCCAUCUCAAGACUACAGGCACAGGUAUCCUACAACACCGGAAUGUUGGAAUCACAUCGACGCCAAUUCACUGAAAUCGAGGCUGCCGUGGGGAGACUCCAUCAGCAGAUGAAUGAGGUAAUGCAUGCCGUGAGCGAUGUGCAGCGAGAUUUGCGUGUUCGACCUGUGGCCGCGGAGCAGCACCAGCGGCAUGAUUCUGGCGAUUUGGAAGUAGUCGCCAAGCAGCUGCAGCGACUCACGAAUCGUGUGAAUGAGAUCGAUGGCUUGAACAUGCAACUGGAUCUAGUCAAGAAUCGGAUGAAGAGGUUAGAAGACGGCAAUGCAGCAAUCGCUCAAGGCCAGCAGCGAACUCCUUCUGCAGCCUUCAGAGAAGCAGGACCUCAAGAUCCAGCCUCAUCCACGCAUAUUAAGCACCCACAUCCGCAACAGCAUCACCCACAGCACCAUCAGCAACAACAGCAACAACUUCCACUGCAGCCUCCACAGCAUACCCAACUGCCGCCAAUGCGGACAAACUCAAUCGCUUCUCCAGCUGGUGGCCACCCUUCCAGCCUCCCCGCUCAGUCCGCGAUAGAUGCUCAACAUCCACAUGGCCCGCGUCCUCCUUCAGCGUCGAGACUUUUCACAGGGGAAUCACAGCCGGGUCAGCCACCACCAGGCCCACUAUUCAGGCCGACAGAAGCCCUACCACCACCUUCUGCUCUAUCUGGUUGGCGACCUGCUGAGCAGCACAGACCUGGCUUAUCUCCUACACAUAACCUGCCCGAAGCACGUCCAAAUACCAUGGAGCCAGAUAUCCAUCCCAAUAGUGGAACCCAACAAGGAGCCUGGUCCGCCGUGAACGCUAGCACUGCUGUGAAACGAUCACCAGAAACCAGGUCUUCAGAAUUUGAGGCUUUGAAUGGGACAAAGCGUCCAAGACUGGCGCCGCUCAUGCCCAAUUCUAUGCCACACAAUAUCCAUGGAGAGGAUGCGUACGGGCCAACUCAGCAGUCGUUCCAAUCAGUCAACCAAAGCCCUGCAGAUGUGCCUUUCCACUCACGAAGUCGAGCGCCAUCGGACGGGUCUCAAUCACAGCCCGCAGCGCAUCACAAUUUUCGAUUUAUUACUUCCACACAGCAACCUGAACCUCAAGAGCAGUGGAGGACUGAGGUGGGUGGACCUACAGCUCAUGGACACCCUACAAGUGGUCGCGGGAGUGGAAGGGGAAGAGGGAGGGGCCGUGGGCGAGGCAGAGGUCGUGGUGGGGCUGCAGCUCACGGCAGUGGCCAUGAGACACAAGAGCAUGACACACCCGAAUGGGAACGAGCAGAGAUUGCUACUGGCCGAAUGUCACCCAACGGUCACUUUGGCUCUGCUCAAUCACAUUCCCCCAAGUCUGUGUACAGGAGCACGCCGAGUGGCAGCUUUGUAGGCGAAAGGCCAAGCGAUUAUCCUGCAACACCAGUCAAUCAUGGCUCACCCCACGAUUCGCACGUUGCACUCCCAGAUCAAUCUUCUGGAGGUUCGAGCAAGAAAACGAGAACGAAGCCCGUUAGAAACGCAGAAGGGAUAUUGAUCAGAAAGGACGGAAGGCCGGACAUGCGAAGCGUGAGCAGUGCCAAUAAUUUGCGUAAAGUGCAUGCGAAGAAGGAGGCCGAGCGAGCAGAGAACGAUGAAGAGCCCAAUGGCCGCACCAGGUCAGGCACGCCAACGAGUGCUAUUGCAGGCGAAGAAGGGUCCGAAGAUCAUGGCACCGAAACACCGCAAGAGAGACAUCGCGAGCUUAUGCACAGAAUUCUCUCAGAAGACAGAAGCACACGCGAACGAUCAACACCAAUGCACGAAAUGUCCGCGCCCCAGCCUCUCAAGAGUGAAAGCGACAGCCGGAGCGUGAUGGAUCAAAAGGAAGAGAACAGACCGGUAGACGUCGUUAUGCGAGACUCUGACGCUCCCCAGGUCGAGGAACGCGUGCGACAGGAUGCUAAACCAUUUGCAGCCCUCGCAGCAGAACAUGCUCCGCCCCCUCCACCAGUCACCGAAGAAGCAAUUGCUGCAUAAUCUUACUGCAUUCGUAGCGGACCAAGAACGAAAUGUAUAUAUUAUCCGUCUCACCCGUUCCAGAGCGCUCUACCAGACAUAGGUACUGCUAUGAAUCCUUGCGCCUCCAUUUUAUUGCUUUGUGAGCCAGGAUCCUGCGGUAACAGAAGAGUUACUUGACUGCGAGCAAAGCGAGACCCUUGCGCGCAUCCUUGCUGGCUUUUCGGAGACGUUGUUCUUCCACAUCUGUCCAUUUCACGCUCAGCUCAUCCCACUUUUUGACUUUGUAUUCUUCUUUGAAUUUCUGCUGCAGAGCUUGCAUUUCCCGCAUCUCCCGGGGAUCCGCGGAUCCGCUGUACACGAUCAGGGCGGUACAUGGGGGUAGGUUGUCCCAUACUUGGCGAAUGUUCUGGACCGACUGUUGGACGGUAGCAGCCAACGAGCCUUCGCCAUUGGCCACGGUAGAAGCACGCAGAGCAUCGGCGUCGAUCAACUUCGACUUAUCCCACCAGCCACGAGCGGCUUCGAGUUCGCGCAAUCUGCCCCAUACGAAAUCGCAGCCUCCGGCUGGCUGUGUGUUAUCUUCUGGAUCACCGUUGACAGCCCGCGUGAUGCCAGCGACAACCUCGGAGUCACUC